AUGGAUAAAACGCUUGACGUUACCAACUUAUCUCCCGGCACUCAGGUGUACAAGUGGACAAUCGACAAGAAAAUUGCACAAGGAGAUUUCAAUUUUAUUUACAUGUGUAAUGGAUCCAGCAACAUGUCUAAUUACAAACAGUUUGCGUUAAAAUGUGAAAGUGCACAGAGCCCUUUGCAGAUGUUGAAAGUGGAGGCGUAUGUUUUACAGAAGAUUGCUAAACGGGGGUCUCGUCAUUUCUGUGACAUAGAAGAUAUUGGAAAGUUUCAAGGAAUUCACUACAUUGUCAUGCAUAUGAUUGGACGAGCAUUAGUGGACUAUAUGAAAACCUCCGUGACUGGAGCAAUCUCAGUCAAUUGUGCUCUCAGCGUGGGAGUUUAACUCAUUGAAGCACUCGAAGAUCUUCACAAUUGUGGUUAUAUUCAUCGAGACCUAAAACCUUCAAAUAUCUGUUUCGGACGGAAAGAUCGUAACGAACUUGGAAAGUUGUAUCUUUUGAGUUUUGGAAUCUCACGACGGUGGAAUUUCGUGGAACCGUCCGAUAUGCUUCGGUAAAUUGCCAUCAGCUGCAGGAACUUAACAGGAAGGAUGAUUUAGAAUCAGCUCUCUACGUUAUUGUUGAAAUGAUCACUGGACAACUUCCAUGGAAAGGUCUUCCAGAUGAUGCUGCAGUUGCACGAGUUAAACAACAAAGUCAGCACCUUGUCCGAUGGAAGAACUCCGUGAAGUGAUGAUUCUAAUUGAUUCCUACAAUUAUUUCACAGCUCCCGAUUACGCUAAUAUCUGCAACAUUCUUCGUCGGGCAAUGCGCAGAAACCCUCAACCAGAACAUCCGUAUGAUUGGGAACAUGGAGGAACUAAUUCACUUGGAGAUUUUUAA